UGUUAUUGUCCUGUGCCAUGUGCUGCUGCAGGAAAAGAAUAUCAUAUGCGAUAGAUUGGAUGAUUUACUGGUACCUUACAAGAAAUGACCGUAAAAGAGAGAAGAAAGUUGCAAGAUUGAACAAAGUGACAGGCAUAAAAAAUCCUAUCUUAUUUAGGCUGAUAGUGACGAAAAGUGGAGUAGUUAAUGAUAUGAUCCGUGAAUCGAGACUUGCCAUUAGGAAAAAAAAUACUGGUGAUGAACCAAUUUAUGCUGAGAUAACUCAAGAUGUGGGUGAAGCAAAUAGGUUUAGCACUGAAUUAGAGGAGAGAGUCAGAAGCAACGGUCACCAUAGAAUGGGUGAAAGGGCUGCCCAUGCUGCUGCAGCUGCUCUAGCAGUACAAGCAGCUGUCCAGACAACAUUUGCAUGUGACAAGACCCUGUUUCUAUCAUCAAAUGGGAAAAUAUGUGACUUGCACGUGUGCAAAGAUGUAAACAUGUACUCUAUGUCAAUAGCUACUGGAUCUAACAUCUGUUUCAAGACUGUUGAUGGCGAGAAGUUAGAGAUUAAAAUGGGUGAUGCUAAACAUGUGACUAGAUAUCAGGCUGAGUACUUUAGCUGUGACUACAAAUUGUCUGUUACCAAGACAUGGAGAUGCAAACAAUUGAACUCAGACUGCUGGAAUAAUGGUAAAUGUUAUGACGGCUAUGAACACCCAGAUAUCCAAGUAACAAACACACGAAAAUAUCCUGCAGGAUAUGGCUGCAACACAGAUACCUUAGGAUGUGAUGAUUGGUGUCCUAUGGGAACAUCAUGCACAUGGUAUAGAUGGCAGUUGGAACCGGUGCUAAAUGACUGUCACAAAGUUUAUAGGAAAGUGAGUGAAAUAUGGCAAGUUAGUAUAUAUGUUAAAUAUACACUCGCGAGCAAAGAAACGGAAUCACUUCACAAUUUUUACGUUGUGCGGUGUAACUUUCGAAAUUAUAACUUUUUUCAUAGAAUUUGUAAUGAAAACAGCAUCCCUGAAUAUUUAGCUUUAAAACGAAUGAUUUUUCAUGGUAAUCGGUCCAAGAUUUAACCAAUCACAGCCAUUUAACAGAUUUGUGUGUUUUUACCCCCACCACUAGCCGCUAGUUGCAUCCCCGUUGACCUGAAUAAAAGGGGUGUCCGAGUGGGGGUAGUUAUCAGUCGCUUAUCACAAGUUGUCUGGUACA